UGGUGGGUGCCAAGGCAGGCGGUCACUAGUCAGUGUAGCUGGUCCUGAUGCAGCCAAGGUGUCACUUGUCUAGUUUUGCUGCUUUUCUGGGCCUGGAGCUGAAAUACAACUGAGACCUCAAUGUUACCUUAGGGAGGAAAAGGCAGGGGUCUCUAAACCACAGGACCAGCAAUAUGCUGUGGGAGGAAGGUUACCCUGGGGGACGGGGUUCUUGUUUUUCUAGUUUUGCCCCCUGCUAGGUAUCCAGGGCUUUCUGCCCUGGUGAGCUGCUGUACCUGGCGCGGCGUCCUUGCUCUGCUCUUGUCUGCCUAAUUAUCUGUAUAACAGAAUGAAGGCUCCAGCCUCUGGAGGAUAGGCCAGGGGAGGGGGCUUAGGACUGUAGACUCAUCCAUCAUCACCCACAAAAGAGGUGAGGUGGGGCCAGUCCCUGCAGGGAGAGGCUUCCAUCUGGGAGGCUGGUGUGUGGGUCUUGGGCAUGACUCAGCCCCUGCCAAACAGUGACAGUGAGCCAUGCUUCCUCUGCUCCUUCUAGCUCCCCUCCCAGUUAACGUGUGGCCAUGCAUGGCUUUCUGAAGCUAAGUCUCAAUUCCCUCUUCAUGAAGCAGUGACCAUUUUUGUGGUUGUGAGGGUCAGGCCAGUCUGUGCGGCGGCUAGCACAGCACCGGGCACAUGCUCAGCACCGCCUCGACCAUGCCGCUGCCCCUGCUGCUGCCCCUGCUGCUGCUGCUGUCCGCCCGCUGGGUCCAGGCGACCCGGCCAUGCUUCCCCGGGUGCCAGUGUGAGGUGGAGACCUUCGGCCUCUUUGACAGCUUCAGCCUGACCCGCGUGGACUGCAGCGGCCUCGGCCCCCACAUCGUGCCGGUGCCCAUCCCUCUGGACACCGCCCACCUGGACCUGUCCUCCAACCGGCUGGAGACCGUGAACGAGUCGGUGUUGGCGGGGCCAGGCUACACCACGCUGGCCGGCCUGGAUCUCAGCCACAACCUGCUCACCAGCAUCUCGCCCACCGCCUUCUCCCGCCUCCGCUACCUGGAGUCCCUCGACCUCAGCCACAACGGCCUGGCCGCCCUGCCCGCAGACAGCUUCACCAGCUCGCCCCUGAGCGACGUGAACCUCAGCUACAACCGGCUCCGGGAGGUCCCGCUGUCCGCCUUCACGACCCGCGGCCAGGGCCGGGCGCUGCACGUGGACCUCUCCCACAACCACAUCCACCGCCUCGCGCCCCACCCCGCGGGCGCCAGCCUGCCCACGCCUGCCAUCCAGAGCCUGAACCUGGCCUGGAACCGGCUCCGCGCCGUGCCCGACCUCCGGGACCUGCCCCUGCGCUACCUGAGCCUGGAUGGGAACCCGCUGGCCGCCAUCGGCCCGGGCGCCUUCACCGGGCUGGCGGGCCUAACGCACCUGUCGCUGGGCAGCCUGCAGAGCGUCCCCCAGCUGGCACCCUAUGCUUUUCAUGAGCUGCGCAGCCUGCAGGUCCUGGACCUGUCAGGCAACCCCAAGCUCAAGUGGGCAGGCGCCGAGGUGUUCUCGGGCCUGGCCUCCCUGCAGGAGCUGGACCUGUCGGGCACAGGCCUGGCGCCCCUGCCUGAGACGCUGCUCCUCCACCUGCCAGCGCUGCAGAGCGUCCGUGUGGGCCGGAGCACGCAGUGCCGGCGCCCGGUACGGGAGGGUGCCUACCCCCGGCAGCCUGGCUCCAGCCCCAACGUGGCUCUGCACUGCGUAGACACCGGGGAACCGGCCUCCAGGGGCCGGGGCACCUUGUGACAAAUGGGGUGGCCCCAGGCCACACGACAGACUGCCACCCGGGCUGACUCGGGUCCCGGGUGAUUUAUAUUUUAAUGUGCCAAUGCCGGUGGGGACUCUGCAGGCCUACGUGGCGGCAGCAUCAGGGAAGACAGCUGUGGACCGAGAAGAGGCUUUGGACCUGGGACAACACCCAGGAGGAAAGUCUUGCCCUCUGUCUGUAUUGUCCCCCAAACCGUAAGCAGAGGGUCUUUGAUGCCAAACGACACAGCUGCCUCCCUGCUGUCCUUCCCCACUCGACCCCAAAGUGCCUUCCCUCAGGCCUGGGCCAACCUGACUAUGACCGAAGGGAGGUCAGAGGUCAGGUCCAUGGCUGAGUGUCCCCUUGGGCCCAUGGUCCAGCCACUCAGGGGCAUGGGUUUCUUUUGCUCUGGGCCCAUGGGGCCCACUUUAUCCUCCUCUGUUCCCCUCGAGCCCUGGGUAGAACUUUAGUUACAGAAAGAACUUGGUGCGGGGAAGGGGCGCACAUUUAGGGAGGAUCAAGCCCACCUCCUCCUGUGGCAGAUGAGAGAACUGAGGCCCAGAGAAAGAGCAUUGUCCAUCUGAGGCACUGCAGUGGCAGAGGCAUCACUGCCUCCCAGCCAGGCCCCUUUGCACUUUGCUGUCUUCUCUCAACCAUGGCCCCCCUCUCCCCUUCCUGGGCUCCUCUUUGCUGCCAAGACCCACAUCCUACCAUUGACACCCACUUCCUGUCAUCCCGGGGAGGCAGGACUCUGGGCCCACUGACCAGGGGUGAUGCACGAGCUGUUGCUUCACCUCUCAGAGCUUCUGGAAGCAUCAGCCAUGCCAGUCCCAGCCCCGCCAGCUUCCCACUCUGGACGGGUCCCCUAGCAUCAAGACUGGAAAUGUUCCCAUUGAUCCUUGAGGCACUGCUUCUAGGUGCCCCCCCAAGAUGAUGAUGUCGUCCUGGAGCCCCACCUACCACAAGCCAGGGCGGGCCUCCCAGACUCAGCCCCCAUAGCCCACCCCCCUUCCCCCUACUGAGAGCAGCACAGGAGGCAGGCAGUUCCCACCCGGGCUCAUGUUCCCCCACCAGGGGCGCAUCUCGGCCUCCAGCCCUGGCUCUUUCCUUAGUGCUCAUUUUAUAGACGUCGUUGCCUUUCUUACGGACGGACGGUCACUUUUAACUAGUUCCCCACCCCCACCCCUGCUGGCCGGGGACGCAAAGUGUCAUUUGUAAAAGGAAAAAAAAAGUUGCAUUUGUUCACUUUUGUGAUAGUGUGUCCUGGGGGUGUGUUGGGGAAGGAGGUGUUGGGUGGAAGCCAUCCGUGGCCAUGUGGGCAACAGGAGGCUGGCUGAGAGCUCUGUCCGCCACCAGCCCCACCCAGCACCUAACUAGUCCGUGGUUUAAUAAACGUUAGAAAGAGUCUCUCUUUCCAUCACUCAA